AUGUCGUGGGCGGACGAGGCAGGAGAUGGCGGGAUGGAGGGGCACUUUUCGGCGGAGAGGAUCGUGAGCCAGACAGCCGACGGAAGAGAGAAGGUCAAGAUCAUCACAGAAAUCCGUAAGAACGAUGAUGGAGAGCGCGUCAAGGUCGAGCGCAAAGUCAAGGUCACCAACAAGCUCAUCAGAGUGAACAAGGCUGUGCGCGCUCGCCGGGAGUGGACUAAGUUCGGAGAAUGUGAAGGCCAAGCGCAUGGUUUCAAAGAGACUGGUGUGGUCAACAUAUCCGAGCAGGUCAUGUUCGAGCUGGCAGGCAUGGACGAGGGCCAGAAGCCACAGGAGCCUGCCAAGGGUGUGGGCGCGCUCUUGAACAUGGACACCUUCUCUGCCCUCCGCCACCUCCGCAAUCGUGUUGCCAGUGGAGAACUCACCGAUGAACAGUAUCAUGCCGAGAAGGCCAAGCUGCUCGGCAAGAAGGUCUCUGCUGUGGAAACGGAGCCAGCGGAAGAGAAGAAGGAUGGGCCCCAGGGCUACGUGCCCCCCCACAUGCGCAACCGUGACGGCUUCGGAGGGCCUCAGGAGGAAGAGAAGGCCACGCUGAGGGUCACCAACGUGAGCACAGAUGCAACCAGAGAAGACAUGCACGAGCUCUUCAAGCAGUUCGGCCCCAUCGCUCGCGUUUCUGUCCCGACCGAUCGCGCGACCGGCGAGGGCCGCGGAUUUGCAUUUAUUGAUUUCUACAAUCGAGAAGAUGCUCAGCGAGCGAUCAACGCCCUCAAUGGAACUGGUUUCGAUUCGCUCAUUCUUAAUGUUGACUGGGCUCGUCCCUCUGCUGACGGGGAGCGAGGAGGAGGAGGAGGAGGAGGAGGAGGAGGAGGUGGUGGUGGUGGUGGAGGCAGAGAGGACCGGAGGGACAGGGACAGGGACGGGCCUCCACGUGGAAGGAGGGAUGAUGACGAUGGUUCUGGCCGAAGGUCUGGCUUCAGGAGUAUGGCCGACUCGCAUGCCGGCAGAUUCGGCGAGAAGAGCAUGUCACGCGCUGACACAGGCCCAUGGCGUUAG